ACUUUUUUACGCUGCGCAUUCCAUCCAUAAAUACACACAACUUGUUUUAUAGUUCUAAAUAAAACUUAAACAAUUAUUCCGUUAAUUUAAGAUAGAAAUUACAGAAAUAGUAAAACUUUACCAAUUUUUACGCGUUUUUCGCAAUAUUUGACAUUUUUAACUACUGACUACAAUUCAAUUGCAAGAUAUCCGCCAUGUUGAAUUGUUUCUAAGUAAUAAUAGCAUGUAAUUGUGAUCUGUACAUCCGGUACGCGCACAGAAAACAAAUAAAAAAUCAAAAACAAAAAAGUUGAGAAAUUGAGCCGGUUGCAUGAUGCAUGAUGGUGGCCGGUAAACAAUCGGGCAUCGACGGAUCAACAAGUGCUGCGCACAGGUUGGCAUCUCGGUGGAGCGUGACGCGACACUUCCGGUUCAGCUGACGAUUGUUUCAAUUGUUCGCUGCCCUCGCAACUAUCAGCUCAGCUCCGCAACUCAUGAGGGACUAAACGUAGAGGCUAAAGAGAUAUACGAUGCACAUGCAAUAAAUGCUAAAUGUGCAUAUUUACAUCAAGAGGAGAAAUGUAUAACUUCCGGUUUGAGGUCUGCGGAUGUACGUUAAUAAUUGGAGGCGUAAUAAUUCUGCUGGAUCCUGGGCGCGUCCUGCUCUCGCGAUUAUUGAGCCAUGGCCCGCUUACAACCCUUCCGCAUCCCUUACUUUAUUAUUUAGCGCUUGGUUUCGCCGUUGUCGGAUUGGUCCUUGCCACUGCUGGCCUACUCGGCUGCUGGGCGUCGUGUCUUUAUAGUUAUUGCAUGUUAACUACAUAUUUUGUAUUAAUAUUACUAGUUAUGGUUGGCGAAUGUGCCGCCUAUGCAGCCGCAUGGAUAUGGCCGCAAUGCAUGGGCCUGGGCGUCGUCGCCGACGAGCUCGUCAAGUCAAUGCAGCGGAAUUACGGCGCCGCCGGCCAGGAGCAGUUCACCGCUGCUAUCGAUCUGCUGCAAACUUCGUAUAGUUGUUGUGGAAUCGUCUCAUCAGUAGAAUAUGACACAUCACUAUGGCGUUUACAAGCUCUAGGACCAAGUCUAGCUGUUCCUCUGACCUGUUGUAAACUGGACAACUAUAAUCAUCCUGCUGCGUAUCUGGAUCCUCAUCCUGUCAAUAGUUCGUUGUGUCAAGCGCUGGAAACAUCACGCCAGCAAGGUUAUAGGCAUAGUGAUGGCUGUGGACAACAUUUACAAGACUGGUUCAAGCAGCAAUACAUAUUAUUCCUUGCCGUUGGGUUGUUAAUCGUCCUCGUAGAGUUUACAGUCCUGCUGAGCACGAUUCUGGCGUGCACAAAGCUCUACAAGUACCGGCACGAGUUGAAAGAGACGCAUGUCUUGCCAGCGGUGGGUAAUGAUAGCGGUGAGCGGCGGCAUCGCGACGCCGGAAGUAAUUCCGGCGUGAAGGCCGAGUUUCCCUCGCUGACGAAAGACGACGACCUGUACGUGACGUCGCGCGCGUCGCGCCUCCCCUACAGCUUCAGCAAUCACGCGUACACGCUGAGCAACAGCUUUCGGCAGAACUAUCGAUUGGCCACUGGCAAGGCAUGAUGGUUCCGACGCCUCCGCGAACGGUUUCGCCGCCAGCGGAAUCCACAUGCGGAGAGUAUGCUGUGGUAAAAGUAGAAAAACUUUAAAAAUUUAUUUUCAUCAAUUUAAGCUUUAUUUUUAAUUAAAUUAGGCGUAAAGUGGUAGAAUAAGUUAUAAUUUAGGUUAUUUUAGUGUUAUUUUAUGUUUACCCAGUGUAUUUUGCCAUUUUUUUGUAUGAUUUCGUGUGGAAAUUUAAUAAACACGUUUGGUUAUUA